AUGGUCUGCCGUGCCAAGGGUGGGAAACGUUUUCCUGUGCUGCUUUGCAAUAAGCCCCAGUUGUAUCAUUAUUUGCACCCCCCUUUUUUUUUCAGUAGAGUAGUCCUGCUGGAUUUUCAGCUUGGUAAUCUUCCGAGUAGCUAUGCUUUGACCAGCGCUGCUUGUGAAACUGAUUGUUUGACUGAGGUAGGAUUUGGGUUUCAGAACCGGACUAACCCCAGGCCCAGCAGUCCCAUAAGCCUCAGCGCUUGCAGGUCCGUCUUGCAAGUCGAUGACUUUUUCAAGUGUUUUUUCUGUGUCUGUUUUGUUGCACAGCGACGCCUGCGUCACCUUCGAAGCAUCGCAGCCCGGAAUAUUGUUAACAGGAACGGCUCUCCGCUGCUGGACACGCUCUUUACACUGCACUUGUGCGCCGGCUCUCGAAUAUUCAGAGCCUUUUACAAGAGUGAAGUUGUAAGAGACUCAUUGAAUCCCACAUGGAGGAGUGUAGACUUUGCUGAGCUGCCAGAGGAGCUCGACAUGUCUGUGUCCUGCUUUGUGGUGCGGAUCUGGGGAGGGCGACUGGAACAGUACCAGCUGCUCAUAGAAUGGAAGGUGAAUCUGGACGGGCUGAGAUACACGGGGCAGCAGAUCCGGUCUCGUAACCCGAAUGAAAUAAUAUUUGGAUUGAAUGAUGGCUACUAUGGAGCCUCUUUUUAUCACAGAGAUCCGUCGGAAGGGAAGAGCAGUUUACUGCAGGUGGACCAGAGCUCUGUGAGGAACUCCUACAGCGUCUUCUCUUUGCUAAGGUUGCACACAGCCCAGCGUGCAAUAAAACAGACUCAAGCAACGGUCCAAAAGAUUGGGACGGAGAUUGAAGAGAAGCUCAGGCUGACCGCAUCGAGUAACGAGCUGAAAAAGGAACGAGAGUGCAUACAGUUGAAGAUCUUGGUGUUGCGGAGUGAGUUGGAAAGACAGAAGAGAGCACUUGGGAGAGAGCUGGAGACAUUGCAGAAGGAACAGACACUGUUGCAAAGAAAAGGGGAGGCAUUCUCAAACAAGCAACAAUCAUUGGAGACAGACCAGGAGUCCUUAACAGAGCAGCAAAAGGAAUGCACUGCCAAAAGAGAGCUGUUUUUGAAGAGCAAUGCUCAGCUGGCUUUCCGGUGUAGGCAGUUGCUGUCAGAACUCUCGUACAUUUAUCCUAUUGAAGUGAGCAAUCAAACGGAUUAUGUAAUAUGUGGAGUCAAGCUGCCAAACUCGGAAGAUUUCCAAGCGAGGGACGACGGAAGCGUCGCGGUUGCCCUGGGUUACACAGCCCAUAUUGUGCUGAUGGUUUCCUGCUUUCUGCAAGUUCCGCUCAGGUAUCCGGUUGUCCACAAGGGCUCCAGGUCUUCAAUUAAGGACAAUAUCACAGACCAGCUGUCGGAAAAGGAGAGAGAAUGUAAGACCUCUGCACCAAAGAUAAAUAUUUGUAUUCUGAAUUACUCUGUCCUUCAGAGUUUACAGAGUGCUUGCUAUGCAACUACAGUACUGCACAUGUUUUACUUCAUCACAUUCAUUUUGUUCUUCCUUUUCUUUCUCUUCCCUCCAAGUGAUCGACAUCAGAUGUCAAGCGCGAUCCCCGUCCCGCUAAAAUCCCGCAUGAGCACCUCUGAGAUGGGCUACCCGACCAGGACCACCUCCCCAGAGAGAGGACUUCGCAAGCGGGCCGUCUCCGAGACCGAUCAGCCACAGUACAGAACCCCUCCGCCCAGCUACAACACAGCAACCACCCAGCCCAUAGCCCUGCUGGCACCUCCAAGGGGUUCUUCUGCUGCUAAGCCCAUGUCGUCUUCUUUAGACGCUGCCAUUGACUUUUCUAAAAGCAUGGAGGCAGGAAAGGCCCUAAAUGACAGUGGCGGCGGCGUCUCCGACUCGAUGAGAGACACAAGCGACCAGCUGGACUCCAGCCCCCAGCGCUCGGGCACGCUGAACGGGUCAGCCGUGCCCAGCGAGGACAACUCGCUGACGUUCAGCGGGGAGCUGCGCUGCUCCGUGGAGCAAGCCGAGGAGAUCAUGGGCACGGAGGCCACAGGGUACAGCGUGGGGGGGGAGCACAGCCUGGAGGGGUUCACGUGCAUCCCAGUGGACCACGCCGUGGCUGUGGAGUGUGACGAGCAGGUCCUGGGGGAGCUGGACGUCACUGGCUUCGAGGAGUUCUCCCGUCGCAUCUAUGCACUGAAUGAAAACAUGUCGAGCUUCCGCAGACCGCGCAAGAACUUGGAGAAGUGAGCUUAAAUAACAUCGCGAUCGGGUCUGGGCCUUUAACCAAACUACAAGUACAACAAAAUAAAGAAAGAAAUAAAGAAGAGUCUGAAAUAAACACAGAUUUGCACUUCUUAAGUGUAAUUCUAGUAUUAAUUGUGGCUUAUGUAUGACCUUUUUAAGGUGCAGAGAAUGCAGAUCCCAUGAGAAUGCAUAUAACAGUAAAUGAAAUAGGUUAUGAUUUUGAUCCCCCUGCCAAAUCCAGAUUCUGUCACUAUCAGGGUACCUGCUCUAUAAUGACCUCUGCUGGUAAGAAGGUGGUCAGUAAACUGAUGGGUCUUAACCAGGGUCGGAAUGCUCUGUCAGUUUGGCUGACAACGUUUUCAUUCUAAAGGAAUUUAGAAUCCUGAGAUGUAAAAACUUUAGAUAAUGAAUGCUGAACA